AUGCUCCGGACCUCGGCAGCUUCGCGCCGCAAGGCGUCCCAGUUCCAUGCAUCCUCCAGCAACCACAGCACGCCCGCCUCGCAGCGCCGCAUCGGCCCUCGCCACACCCUCCUCAGCGACCAGGCCAUCCUCGGCUCCCGGCCGCCGCCUUCGCCGGCAGCAGCAGCAGCAGCAGCAGCAUCGACCUCGACCUCGACCUCGACCUCGACUCCGACCACGCCGAAGCCCACCACUGCUGCACCCGAGUCGCGCCACACACACAUCGACCUCGUCGACGAUGAGUCCGAAGCCAAGCCUGCUUCGGCAUCCUCCCCCCACUCUAACGGCGCCAAAGGCAGAGGGGACCGCCCGGAAGACGCCAUCGUGCUGUCCUCGUCGCCUCCGGGGUCGCCAGUCCUCGCGCCUGCGCCCGCCAUCACCGAGGAGACGCCUCGAAGCGUGAGGACGACCCGGAACAGCAUCGGCCAGGCUCGUCCCACAGCUGGACCCGUCGACGGCAAGCUCGACCAGACUCCGAUGCAGGGUUCGUCAUCUGCCUCGGCAUCAGCUUCGACAUCGACGCCGGCAUCGUCUGCGUCCUCGCUCGCCGGCGGCAAGCGCGGACUGGCGCACGUCACACCCUCCACAUCCAUCCUCGACGACACCGACAGCUCUCUCUCCGACCUCACCACGUCAGAGUCGGAAUCGGAGUCGGAGCAGGAAGUAGAGGAGGAAGAACAUCAUGCACAUGAGAAGGACACCAAUGACAUCCGGCGCCGCGAGGAGGACGAAGAUGAAGAUGAAGAGGAGGAAGUGGACGAGCUGGAGGACGAAGAGUACUCUGAUGCCGACUCUCAGCUGCGUCUCCUCCGCAGCAAGGCGAGAGGCAGGGCCACGCCCGCUCGGGCUGCCAAGACCAAGGCCCUGGACAAGGGCAAGGAGCGAGCUAGGACCAAGACGCCCGACGGCGGCGCCAACUCUGCUCCCAACACCCCGAGCCGUCGCUCGGCCCGCAUCAGCCUGUCCGGGUCCAGCAUGCAGCAGGCCAGCGUGAGGAGGGACGAGCUCGACGACAGGCUCUCUGGCAAGACGCCCAGCCCCGUGCUCGCCAUGAUGCAGCAGCAGCAGAAGCAGCAGCAACACAAGCAGAAGCAGCAGCGGAUCGAGCCGUACCUCGAAGAGCAAAAGCCAAAGCCGCAGACGCAGCCGCAGCUGCAGGAGCAGGGCCAGACGGCGGCCACUCCCGUCAAGCGAGGCCCAGGACGACCUCGCAAGGUGCGGCUGCCGGGAGAGGAUUCUGUAUCACCGAGGAAGAGCUCAACGCCUGCCGAGACGACCGGGUCCGCUGCCCGCAAGCCCGGCCGCCCCCAAAAGAUGCCGGAGGCCGGCGUCAAGGUUGAGGCGAACUCGACAGCGUCCAGCACGGCACUCACCUCAACGCCAACUCCAGCCCGAGCCCAGGCCCCAGUCACGCCGCUUGCCUCGACUCCAGCCGCUGGCUCCGCUCAGGCUGCGGCCACACCGGGCACGCCCAGCACUCCUGGCACUCCUGGCACGCCAGGUUCCGCCACAGGUCCUCCGGUCAAACGCGGUCGAGGACGGCCGAGAGGAACGGGCCCGAAGCAGCUGGCCGCCAAGGCUGCCGCUGCUGCUGCUGCUGCUGCUGCCGCCGCCGCCGCCGCCGCCGCCGCCGAGGCGGCACAGGCCGAAGGCCACUCUACUGAAGCCACACCCACCGCAAUCGCCUCUGCUGGAACCGCUCCUGCCGAAGCUGCUCCUGCCGAAGCACACGCCGCCAAGGCGCGAGCGGCUGCAGCCGCGGCCGUCGAGACCACCAAGCAGGCGGCCAAGGCAGAGCAGACACCUGCAACGACGGGCAGGGUCUUGCGCGGCCAAGUUGCCACUCCCGCACAGGACGUCGCAUCCGAUAGCGAGGGUCCUCGCCUUCGGGGCCUGGCGGAUCGUUUGGCGGCGGCGGCAUUGCCGUCAUCGUCGUCGUCGUCUUCGCCCGCAAAUUCGAGCAGGCCGGCGAGCGAGGCGCCGUCGUCGUCGCAGGCGGCUCCGGCCAAGCGUCCCAAGUAUGCCACUUCGAAGCGGUGGGACGACCACGUGAGCGGGCUCUACUACAAUAGCACGUCGCGCGAUAACUCGGUCAUGCCGGGCGCGGAGGGCGACGUCGACGGCGACGGCAGCGGCAGCAGCCAUCCCCAGCCCGCCUUCCCGCUGCCGCUGCACUUUGGCCACCAGCUGCUCGUCGAGGAGAGGAACUUCCGUCUGCCGCCGCAGUGGAUCGAGGAUGCUGCCAAGAUCCGGGCCAAGCUCGACGCCAAGCGGAAGCCGCCGCACUAUGCCCAGAUCAAGGCCAACAAGUACUUUUCCCGGCCCAAGCUGCAGGGCGAGCUGCCGCAGUGCCAGUGUCACCCGUCGUCCAACUGCGGCGACAACUGCAUGAACCGAAUCCUCCAGUACGUCUGCAGCCCCAAGAACUGCCCCUGCGGCGAGCGGUGCACCAAUGUCAGCCUGGGCAAGCGGCCCAAUGUCAAGACCGAGGUCUUUUACUGUGGACCACGCGGCUUCGGGCUGCGGAGCCUCGAGGACGUCCCCAAGGGCAGCUUCAUCGACGAGUACCGCGGCGAGGUCAUCGACCAGGCCGAGACCAACCGGCGCACCGAGGAGUACAAGCUCACGGGCAACUACUACUUCCUCAGCUAUGACCACGACGCCGGCGAGUUCCUCGACGGAGGGCGCAAGGGCAACAUCACCCGCUUCGCCAACCACAGCUGCGACCCUAACUGCUACAUCGAAAAGUGGCUGCUGUGCGGCACCGACGAGAGCCGCACGGCCGACUUUCAGAUCGGUCUGUUUGCGCUCAAGGACAUCAAGGCCGGCGACGAACUCACGUACGACUACGGCUGGUCCUACUUCCGGCCCCGCACCGUCUCGGGCGACUACAUUGGCGAGCCCGUGCUGGAGCCGUGCUACUGCGGUGCGGCCAACUGCGCCGGCGUGCUGGGCGGCAAGAAGCUCGUGCCGGCCAAAGCCACCGACGCCGCGGCCAAGAAAAAGGAGAGCGGCGGCAAGGCUGCCGCCAAGAAAAAGGCGGGGAAGCCCAAGGGGAUGGCCACCAAGCUGACCAAGCAGGUGCUGUCGCACAACAGCACGCGCGUCGGCAGCUCGGGCCUGGGCAACCGCAAGAAGCAGGAGCAGGCCAUGGUGGCCAAGCGGGCGACCAAGGUGAUUGCCAAGCGCGCCGAGCUCAAGCGGCGGACGCAGCUGGCCAAGCGCAACAGCGAGCCGGAGCCGGGCAGCUCGCGCGACACGAGCCUCACCAUCUCGGACGACAGCUCCCUGCUGGGCGACAUCGGCCCGCCGGCGCACCGCGAGCGCGACGACGUGGCCGCCGAGCGCGCCGAGGGCAGCUACCCGACCACCGACGAGGCCGACCUGCGCUGGGACGAGGAGUUCCGCAUCCGCUCAAAGGAGCUGGUCGAAGCGCAGGAGAAGCAGCAGCAGGCGCAGGCCGAGUACGACCGCAACAAGCGCGCCACCGCCAAGGCCGAGGCCGAGGUCGCCGAGCUCCAGAAGCUGCACGAGAAGAGCCUCGCGCCCCCCAGCAGCAACGGCAGCUCGUCGCGCAACGCCUCGGGCACCACGCCCCCAAGCAAGGUCAGCCUCAACCCUCGCCACGUCCAGUUCGCCCUCAACGAGGCCGAGAAGCGGCUGCGAGACUGCCAGUUCGACUUUGCCAAGGCCGAGCAGCGGCUGCGCCUGGCCGACGAGCAGGUGCAGCGGGCCAACGACCGGCUCGACCCAAAGGCGCUCAAGAGGGACGUCAAUGUGCCACCCAACUGGACGCCUCUGCCCGUCAAGCCGGCGGGCAGCAGCACCGCGUCGGGGCCCGCCCCGGCCGCCGUCCCGUCCGGCAGCCGGGUCAAGGGCUCCAAACUCAGCGAGACCGCCCUACGACUCUACACGGCCGGCGCUCAAGAGGCCGACGCGGCGUCCACCUCGGCUGUCGCCGCCAACGGCCACGCCAAGGCGGCUGCCGGCAAGGGCCGUCCCGCCAAGAUCAACACGCGAGCGGGCGCAAGCUCUCCGAAGAAGACAGGGAAAAAGGCCGUUGGCGGCGACGACGGCGACGACGACGGCGUCAUCAACGAUGGAGACGCCUCGCCUGGCCUGCCCUUUACGACUGGCUUCUCGAGCACCGACAGCCAGCUGCCGCAGACGCCCGGCGCCGCCUCGUCGAUUUCGGGGCUGUCGGAGUCGUCCUCGCUGCUGUAUUCGGGCACCGGCAAGCGCCCGCGCCGAGACUCGGUGACGAGUUCGACGCGCACCAAGGAGGACCUGACGCCCGAGGAGCUCGAGCAGCGCGAGAUCCAGCGCCGGCAGCGGAACGCGUUCCUCGCGCGCAAGCGGCGGGCCAAGAAGCGCGGCAUCAUCAUCGAGGACCCGACGCAGCACCCGCUGCGCAAGCACAGCAUCCAGUGCGAGUCGGCGCCCGAGAGCACCUACAUCCCGGACCUGCCGUCGAGCCUGAUCCAGCUGGGCAUGACCAAGGCCGACGCCCGCCGCGUCCGCAACGCCUUUUUGGCGCGCGUCCGCCGGGCCAAGAAGCGCGGCAACGACGAGAUGGCGGCCAUCAACCUGGCGGCCAAGCCCCUGCCGACCGACGAGACGCUCGUGGCCGACUCGCCGGUCAUCCGCGCCCACAUCGCCAAGCUGGCCAGCGCCGCAGAGAACGGCGAGUCGUCGUCGUCGGCACUGUCGGCCUCGGGCGACACCUCUGCCGCGCACAACAUCGUAUAA